GAAAUGGCACCUCGUAAGGGGAAGGAGAAGAAGGAAGAGCAGGUCAUCAGCUUGGGACCUCAGGUUGCUGAAGGAGAAAAUGUGUUUGGCGUCUGCCAUAUCUUUGCUUCCUUCAAUGACACUUUCGUCCAUGUGACUGAUCUCUCUGGCAAGGAAACCAUCUGCCGUGUGACUGGUGGCAUGAAGGUGAAGGCGGACAGAGAUGAGUCUUCUCCCUACGCGGCUAUGCUGGCAGCCCAGGAUGUUGCCCAGAGGUGCAAGGAACUGGGCAUCACUGCCCUGCACAUCAAGCUGCGUGCUACCGGUGGGAAUAGGACCAAGACUCCUGGACCUGGUGCCCAGUCAGCCCUGAGAGCUCUGGCCCGAUCUGGAAUGAAGAUCGGCCGCAUUGAGGAUGUCACCCCCAUCCCCUCUGACAGCACUCGCAGAAAGGGUGGUCGCCGUGGACGUCGUCUGUAAACAAUGCUGCACCUUUCGUUAUUAAAGCUCUCUUUUAAACCUC